AUGUUACCGACUCCAGCUAAAUUUCAUUACAUCUUUAACUUACGAGACCUCAGUCGUAUUUGGCAAGGAAUACUUACAGUUACUUCUGAAGUCUGCCAGAGCAUCAGUGUUUUGGUAGCCUUGUUCCAGCAUGAAUGCAGACGUGUUAUUGCAGACAGGUUCAUCAGCCAAAGUGAUAAAGACUGGUUUGAAGAUGUUAUGAAAAAGAUUGCUUCUGCAGAGCAUGGUCAAAAUCUAUUUGAAGAUAAAUCCACAGAAUUAUACUUUGUGGAUUUCUUGCGUGACAUCCCAGAAGCUACUGGAGAUGAACCUGAUGAUGCAGAGUUGAAGGCUCCUAAAAUUUAUGAGCCUAUCCCAUCUUUGGAUUAUUUGGCUGAAAGAUUACAGAUGUUCAUGCAACAGUACAAUGAAACCAUCAGAGGAUCAAAGAUGGAUUUAGUAUUUUUCAAGGAUGCAAUUAUCCACUUGAUUAAAAUAUCAAGGAUUAUUCGUACACCACAAGGAAAUGCAUUGUUGGUGGGUGUGGGUGGAUCUGGAAAACAGAGUCUGACCAGACUAGCAUCAUAUAUUGCUGGAUAUGAGAGCUUUCAGAUUACUUUAACAAGAACAUAUGCCACCAAUAACCUUUUGGAUGAUCUGAAAAUCUUGUACCGCACUGCUGGGCAAAAAGGAAAGGGCAUUGUCUUUAUAUUCACAGACAAUGAAAUCAGAGAUGAAUCGUUUCUUGAGUACAUGAACAAUGUUUUGGCUUCAGGUGAAGUCUCAAAUCUUUUUGCACGGGAUGAAAUAGGUGAAAUCACACAAGACCUAAUACCGGCAAUGAAGAAGGAGUAUCCAAGGUGUACUCCCACUGGUGAAAAUCUUUAUAAUUACUUUCUUUCUCGAGUUCGUGAUAACCUGCAUGUCAUUCUUUGUUUUUCUCCUAUUGGGGAAAAGUUCAGAAUUCGUGCACUCAGAUUUCCAGGUCUGAUUUCAGGCUGUACCAUGGACUGGUUUCACUGCUGGCCUAAAGAUGCUCUUGUAGCAGUUGCACAGCAUUUUUUAGUUUCCUACCAUAUUGAGUGCACAGAUGAAGUGAAGCAGAGUGUCAUUAGCACCAUGGGAACAUUUCAAGAUAUUGUAACUGAAAAAUGUGUUGAAUACUUUGAACGAUACAGGCGACAAACAUUUGUGACUCCAAAAUCUUACCUGUCCUUCAUUGGAGGCUACAAAGCUAUUUACAAAGAGAAGUUUGCCAGUGUUGGAAGUUUGUCUGAACGCAUGAGAACAGGUCUUGCAAAACUGACGGAAGCUGAGGUUUCAGUAAAUCAGCUCUCCAAAGAGUUGGUGAUGAAGGAGAAAGAUUUGGAUGCAGCUUCAAAAAAAGCUGAUGAAGUUUUAUUGGAGGUAACUAUGAAAGCCCAAGCUGCUGAAAAGGUGAAAAUGCAGGUGCAAAGGGUAAAAGACAAGGCUCAGGCCAUUGUGGAUGACAUUGCCGUUGAUAAAGCAGCAGCAGAAGAGAAGCUUGAAGCUGCAAGACCUGCGCUGGAAGAAGCCAAGGCAGCCCUGCAGACAAUAAAACCUUCUGAUAUUGCAACUGUUCGCAAACUGGGUAAACCUCCUCACUUGAUAAUGAGAAUUAUGGACUGUGUGCUACUUUUAUUCCAAAGAAAAGUAGACUUGGUAACACUUGAUCAAGAACGCCCAUGUGUGAAGCCAUCGUGGACUGAGGCCCUGAAGCUAAUGAAUAAUUCAGGAUUUCUUAGCAUGUUGCUUACUUUCCAGAAGGACACAAUUACAGGUGAAACUGUGGAGCUUUUAGAGCCUUAUUUGGAUAUGGAGGAUUAUAAUCUUGAGACUGCUAAAAAAGUGUGUGGAAAUGUAGCUGGUCUUUGCUCAUGGACACAAGCAAUGGCUUACUUCUAUGGUAUUAAUAAAGAAGUUCUUCCUCUUAAGGCAAAUUUAGCCUUGCAAGAGGGAAGACUUGCAGCUGCCCAAAUGGAACUGAAUAAUGCACAAAUUCAACUGGAGGAGAAGCAAAUGGAACUGGAUCAAGUACAAGCCAUGUAUGACACUGCUAUGAAAGAGAAACAGGCCUUACUUGAUGAUGCUGAGGCAUGCAGAAGGAAGAUGAACAAUGCCACAGCUCUGAUUGAAGGAUUAGGUGGAGAAAAGCUUCGUUGGACAGCAAGCAGCAAAAACUUUCAAAAUCAAAUUAUUAAUUUAGUGGGGAAUGUUCUUCUGGCCACUGGAUUUCUCUCUUACUCUGGACCUUUCAAUCAGGAGUACAGGAAUUUGCUGCUUGAAUUGUGGAAGAAAGAGAUGGACAACAGCAAGAUUCCAUACAGUAAAGACCUGAACAUUACUGGUAUGCUUGUUGACAAUGCUACAGUGGGUGAAUGGAACCUCCAGGGUCUUCCGAACGAUGACCUUUCAAUUCAGAAUGGCAUAAUUGUCACAAAAGCAUCUAGAUAUCCUUUGCUGAUUGAUCCACAAGGUCAAGGAAAGAUCUGGAUUAAAAAUAAGGAGAAGAAUAAUGGGCUCCAGGUCACAGCUAUGAACCACAAGUUCUUCAGAAGUCACAUAGAAGAAUGCCUGUCCCUUGGCCGACCUUUGUUAAUUGAAGAUGUUGGAGAGGAACUCGAUCCUGCUCUAGAUAACAUCUUGGAAAAAAAUUUCAUAAAAUCUGGUUCAGCACACAAAGUGAAAAUAGGUGACAAGGAGGUAGAUCUGAUGAAGGGCUUUACCCUUUAUAUGACAACAAAAUUGGCUAAUCCUGCCUAUACUCCAGAAAUUAGUGCAAGAACAACUGUGAUUGACUUUACUGUUACUAUGAAAGGGCUGGAAGAUCAGCUCCUUGGCCGCGUCAUCCUCACAGAAAAACAGGAACUGGAGGCAGAAAGGGUCAAACUGAUGGAAGAAGUGACAUCUAACAAGAGGAAAAUGCAGGAGCUUGAAGAUAAUCUACUCUUCCGUCUAACCAGUACAGAAGGCUCUUUGGUUGAAGAUGAGUCUCUGAUAGAAGUCCUAAGAAUCACUAAAACAACAGCAGAGGAGGUCAGUGAAAAAUUAAACAUAGCAGCGGAGACAGAGGUGAAAAUCAAUACUGCACGUGAAGAAUAUCGGCCCGUUGCUGGUCGUGGUAGCAUCCUUUAUUUCCUACUUGUGGAAAUUAGCUUGGUUAAUGUCAUGUACCAAACAUCCUUACGGCAGUUCCUUGGUAUUUUUGACCUGUCAGUGGAAAGAUCUCAGAAAUCUCAGAUCACAGCAAAAAGAGUAAUAUAUAUAAUCGAGCAUCUCACCUAUGAAAUCUUCAAGUACACAGUUCGAGGGCUGUAUGAAAAUCACAGAUUCCUGUUUACGUUGCUUCUGGCACUGAAGAUUGACUUGCAGGCCAAGAAGAUUUCAUACACUGAGUUUGAGACACUGAUCAAAGGAGGCGCCAAUCUGGAUCUGAAUUCUGUGGAACCGAAACCAAAAAAGUGGAUCCUUGACAUGACAUGGCUCAAUCUUGUGCAGUUAUCUACCUUGUACCCUUUUAAUCAACUUCUGGUGCAAAUUGUUAGGAAUGAGAAGUCUUGGAAAGCUUGGUUUGAUGAAGAAGCACCUGAAAAAGCUGUUAUUCCUGAUGGGUAUGACAGCUUACUGGAUCAAUUCCAUAAACUGCUUCUUGUCCGUAGCUGGUGCCCUGAUCAUACCGUUGCCCAAGCUCGACACUACAUUGAAGAAUCUCUUGGAGGGAAAUAUGCAGAAGGAUUUAUACUUGAAAUGGAAGCAAUGUGGACAGAAAGUGACUGUCGAACACCUUUGACAUGCUUGUUGUCUGUGGGGUCUGACCCCACUGAAAAUAUAGAACGUCUUGCAAAAUCAAAGAACAUUCCCUGUCAUGCCAUUUCAAUGGGUCAAGGCCAAGAAGUCCAUGCAAGACGUCUGUUGAAUCAGUGCAUGCAAGAUGGAGGAUGGCUUCUUCUACAGAACUGCCACCUUGGCUUGGAGUUUCUUAGUGAAUUAAUGGACACCAUCACAACAACAGAAUCUAUGAGUGAAGGUUUCAGGACCUGGAUCACUACAGAGGCUCACACAGAGUUUCCUAUUAAUCUUCUACAGUCCUCUAUCAAAUUUACUAAUGAACCCCCUCAAGGUGUGAAAGCUGGCUUAAAACGAACAUACUCAGCUGUUACUCAGGAUCACCUGGAAGUGAGCAACAUGCCAGAGUGGAAACCAAUGCUGUAUGCUGUAGCAUUUCUUCACACAACUGUUCAGGAAAGACGAAAGUUUGGUCCGUUGGGCUGGAAUAUUCCUUAUGAAUUUAAUCAGGCAGACUUCGCAGCCAGUGUGCAAUUUGUUCAGAAUCAUUUGGAUGAUAUGGACAUUAAACAUGGAGUGAACUGGAACUGUGUUCGCUAUAUGCUUGGAGAAGUGCAGUAUGGUGGCCGUGUAACUGAUGACCUUGACAAAGCACUGAUUAAUACAUAUGCAAGAGUGUGGUUUGGAGAGCAUAUGUUUAGUGAAAAAUUUUGUUUCUACAAAGAUUAUGUUAUUCCAAAAGGGAAAACAGUUGAAGACUAUCUCCAGUACGUUGAACAAUUGCCAGUGAUUGAUACACCUGAGGUAUUUGGACUUCACUCCAACGCAGAUAUAACUUACCAGACUAACCUGGCUAAUGAGACAUUAAGUACAAUAGUUAGCAUCCAGCCCAAAGACAGCAGCACUGGAGGAGGGGAAACCCGAGAAGCAGUGGUGCAGCGCCUUGCUGAUGAGAUGCUAGAGAAGUUACCUCCAGAUUAUAACUCUCAUGAGGUGAAAGCCCAGCUUCAAAAGAUGGGAGCUAUUCAACCCAUAAACAUAUUUCUCCGUCAAGAAAUUGACCGCAUGCAACAUGUUAUAUCAAGAGUCCGAAGUACACUGACUGAUCUCAAAUUGGCUAUUGAUGGAACCAUAAUUAUGUCAGAAGAAUUGCAAGAUGCUUUAGAUAGUAUGUAUGAUGCAAGAAUUCCAAAACUAUGGUUUAGGAUUUCCUGGGAAUCGUCUACUUUAGGAUUUUGGUUUACUGAGCUUCUUGAAAGAAACCAGCAGUUCAGCAGUUGGCUGCAGGAUGGCCGACCAAAUCAGUUCUGGAUGACAGGAUUCUUUAAUCCGCAGGGAUUCCUAACUGCUAUGAAGCAAGAGACAACUCGCAUGAAUUUAGCAAAAGGCUGGGCACUCGACAGCGUUGUUUUACACAAUGAAGUGACCAAGAUGAUGAAAGAAGAUGUUACUGGCCCUCCUCCUGCUGACAUUGGUGGGGUUUACAUAUAUGGCCUUUUCCUCGAAGGGGCAGGCUGGGACCGCAGAAACUGUAGGCUGAUUGAGUCGGCACCAAAGGUGCUGUUCACAAGUCUUCCUGUAGUCCAUGUGUAUGCUCUUAGCACAACAGCAGUACAUGACCCAAAGAAGCAACAAGGAAGUGUGUACUCCUGCCCUGUCUACAAAAAGCCUCGGAGAACAGAUCUGACCUACAUUUUCUCUUUGUAUCUGAAAACAGUGAAGAAUCCUGAUCAUUGGACUUUACGGGGGGUUGCACUGCUCUGCAAUACAAAAUAAAGUCCAAAAGAUAUCUAUAAA